CUGGUGGGACAACAGUUUCACCAAACUCUCCAUCAAAGGUUUUGAUGGGACAGAUCACAAUGAAGAUCUUGGUUUUCCUGGCUCUCUUUGGAAUAGGUCUAAAUGGCGCAGCUGCAGCGACUCACUCUCUGAAGUAUUUCUACACUGCGUCUUCUGGAGUCCCAAACUUCCCAGAGUUUGUGAUUGUUGGGUUGGUUGAUGAAGUUCAGAUGUUUCACUAUGACAGUAACACCAUGAGAGCAGAACCCAAACAGGACUGGAUGAGCAGAGUCACAGCAGAUGAUCCUCAGUACUGGGAGAGGGAGACUCAGAGCUCUCAGGGUGCACAGCAGGUCUUCAAAGCCAACAUUGGCAUUGCAAAGCAGCGCUUCAACCAAACUGGAGGUGCACACAUUAACCAGAGGAUGUACGGCUGUGAGUGGGACGAUGAGACUGGAGAGGUUAAAGGUUUUAAUCAGUAUGGUUAUGAUGGAGAAGACUUCAUAGCAUUUGACCUGAAGACAGAGACAUGGAUCGCUCCAACACCACAGGCUGUCAUCACCAAACACAAGUGGGAUUAUGACAGAGCUUUGAUGGCACAGAGAAAAUACUACCUGACCCAGAUUUGUCCUGACUGGCUGAAGAAGUAUGUGGACUAUGGGAGGAGCUCUCUGCUGAGAACAGAGCUUCCCUCAGUGUCUCUCCUCCAGAAGACUCCCUCCUCUCCAGUCAGCUGCCACGCUACAGGUUUCUACCCUGACAGAGCUGCGAUGUUCUGGAGGAAAGAUGGAGAGGAGCUUUAUGAGGACGUGGACCACGGAGAGAUCCUCCCCAACAACGAUGGAUCCUUCCAGAUGAGUGUUGACCUGAAACCUCCAACUGAAGACUGGGAGAAGUACGAAUGUGUGUUUCAGCUCGCAGGUGUGAAGAACGACAUCGUCACCAAACUGGACAAAUCAAAGAUCAGAACCAACGAAGACACGAAGACUUCAUCUGACACUACCGGAACAGAAUUGGACACUUCAUCAAGUACUUCUGGUUCUUCUACAGGAAGUCAAGACACCUCACUAUUGAUCUAGUUAUUUGUCCGGACAGAAGUGAGUGACAGAAGAGGAGGGUGAACUCUGCUCCAUGAGAAAUCUGCAAAAUUUACCUUUUUGGAAAAGAAUCCUUCAGCUUUGCAAGAAAAGUAAACAUAUUUUACAGUAAAGGCACAAUCUGCUACAUCGUUAAAUGCUAUGCCUACACACAUACUUAAAAUAUAAGCAUCAAUACUAAAUGUAUUUUCAGUUCUCAGCACACUGAUAGAAAUCUUAUGUCCUGCUAGUAUUUAGGGACAAUUAAUGUUUCUAUCUUAGUAGUAGCAGUUUACUUAUAGUAAUCGAUUAACGAUGCUUAAAAUAACUUCUUGUGUUGGAUUGAGUAGAUGAACCUCAGAUGAAUUGACCUGCUAUUUCAUUCUUUUCUAAUGUUGCUGUGCUUUUUAAUAAUAAAUAAUAAUAAAGUCCCAAA